ACUCCCCCCUAACCGUAGGGCGGGCUGCGCGCGCAUCGUCCGCCAUUUCUGUCUGCAGUUGUCCUCAGCGCGGCCUACUCGCGCCAUGCACUCACGCGUUACAUAAUACAUAAAAAAAAACAAUCCCACCAUUUCUCUAUGACUCUGUGAAGUGACCAUCGAUUAGUGUGUGUUUUUUUGUGCGCGCGGACCAUGGAACUUUUUUAAUCGCAUACGCGCAAUGAAACGCAGACGCACCUAGCAUGCUGUGCACCACACGGCUGCUCUGGCAGCUGCCGCUCCUCACCACAACCCUCGCCUUCGUACUCGACAAGCAGAACCCCUACUCGCAGUUCCGCAAGUGGAACGCAGCACUCAACGGCACAUUGGAACUAGAGUUCAAAACUGAUCAGCCAAACGGUCUGAUUUUGUAUACCGAUGACGGUGGCACAUAUGACUUUUUCGAGCUGAAGCUCGUGAAUGGGGCGGUCAGGCUGAGGUACAAUUUGGGGGGCGGCGCGCAGAUUAUCACGGUUGGGAAUAAUCUGCAUAAUGGACAGUGGCAUAAGUUGCAAGUGGCCCGCCGCGACGAGCACACAACACUUACGGUGGACGGCGUGACGCGCGGCGCCAUUUCCCGCGGCAAGGAGUUCGCGUUCGGCAAGUUCGGCACCAACUCCGACGUGUUCGUGGGAGGGAUACCGCCUUCAUACAACUCGAAGCUUACUACGUUGGCGCUGCCUUCAGUGAUCUUUGAGCCCAAGUUCCGAGGGUCCAUCAGGAACCUGGUGUACUCCGAUGUGGUGGGGCAGCCGCCGCGGCGCCAGGAAUUAAGGCACUCCAGGGAUUUGAAGUCAUCCCGGAUCGGCAACGCUAGCGGCGACGCAUGCGAACGUAGGGAUCCGUGCCAACAUGGCGGCGUUUGCAUCAGCACUGAUGAUGGACCGGUCUGCGAGUGCAGAGAUGAAGACUAUGAGGGCGCCUUCUGUGAGAGAGAUAAAGCGCCUUCAGAGGCGACGUUCCGCGGCGCGGAGUUUCUCUCCUACGACCUGACACAGACCGGGGGCGAACCUAUAGUCAGCACGCAGGACACCAUCUCGCUGUACUUCAAGACGAGGCAGCCGAAUGGGCUGCUCUUCUAUACUGGUCACGAAGCUGACUACCUAAACCUGGCAGUUCGCGAUGGUGGCGUCUCUCUGACCAUGGGCCUUGGGAACGGCAAGCAGGAGAUGCACAUAAAACCAUCGAAGACCAGGUUCGAUGACCAUCAGUGGCACAAGCUGACGGUGCAUCGGAGGAUACAGGAGGUCAGGUCCUUUACAAGUGUGUGCAUUAAGUCUGCAGUAGUAGAUGACGUAUACACAGAGCAUUCUCACGUAGCCGGUUCUUUCACCAUGCUGGCUAGCUCCAGGGCCCAUGUGGGGGGCUCUCUCAAUGCGCGGGCUCUACCGGGAGCCAGGGUUCACACGAACUUUAUAGGCUGCUUGAAGAAGGUGGAGUUCUCAGCAGACACCCUCCGUCUGAACCUCAUAGACCUCGCCAGAACCGGAAGCAAGCUCAUCACGGUUACCGGAAGAUUAGAGUACGCCUGCACGGCGACCGAUUCCGCUGAUCCAGUCACUUUCACCACCAGGGAUGCGCACUUGAUCUUACCAAAAUGGGAAGCAGUGAAAACCGGAACGAUAUCAUUCAAAUUUAGGACGAAUGAACCUAACGGUCUCAUUCUCUUCAAUAUGGGCGCCAAGCCACCAAGGGUAGGUUGCACGGCGGAUCUGUUCGCCGUGGAGAUGCUGAACGGGUACAUCUACGUGCACAUGGACCUUGGAUCAGGGGGGGUGAGGGUGCGAGCGUCGAGGAGGAGGGUGGAUGACACGAACUGGCAUGAGUUCUUGUUAAGGAGGACUGGGAGGGACGGGAGGGUUACGGUGGACGGCGCUAAUGCGGAGUUUAAGACGCCUGGAGAGUCAAAUCAACUGGAACUCGAUGGCGCCCUCUUCGUCGGCGGCCUUGGGUCGGAAUACUCCGCAGCCAAGACACCCCCAGUGUUGUGGACUGCAGCAUUAAGGCAGGGCUUCGUCGGCUGUGUGAGGGACUUGGUGCUGAACGGCAAAUCCCAGGAUCUAACAGCAUAUGCGAGACAGCAGGAUUCUGCAUCCGUGCGCCCCGCAUGCCAUGUGCUAAUGAAGCAAUGCGUCAACUCCCCGUGCCAACACGGAGGCGUCUGUUCAGAGGGCUGGAACCGACCUCUGUGCGAUUGUUCCUCUACUAACUAUGGCGGGCCAACUUGCGGGCGAGAAUCAGCAACAAUAUACCUAAACGGCAGCCAGCACCUCACGGCGGCACUUGGACCUGAACACGUGACACAAACCGAAGAGCUGAUGCUCCGCUUCAAGACCAGCAAAGCGGGGCUGUUGCUGCGGACGGCGUCAGAGCAUUCGGCGGAUCGAAUAGAGCUGGUUGUUGCCGCGGGGAGGGUACGAGCCAAUGUUCGGCUAGGGGACAGGGAAAAGAAUCUCCUAGCAGGCUCAAACGUGGCUGAUGACAACUGGCACACGGUUCGUUUCUCGCGCCGCGCCUCCAACCUUAAGCUCCAGGUGGACGGAGCGCAGCCUGUGCGCGGUAUGUUAUCUGAAACAAUUUUAGGUAAAGCUUCGACUUUGGAAAUAUCGACGCUCCAUUUAGGUGGCAUGUAUCAUCCUGAAGAAGAAAUCCAAAUGACGUCAACGUUGCCCAACUUCGUCGGUUAUCUACAAAAGUUUGUCUUCAAUGGCAUGAAGUAUAUAGACCUAGCUAAAGCCAUUGGAAUGGGCAGCGAUGGAAACAAUAACAACAUUAAUCAGCACGAUUCCAAUAUAAUAUUUACUGGGUCAUUUGUCAAACCUGAUUCUUUGAAUGUAUACAAAGCUGUGACAUUUAAAUCGAAGCAUACCUACGUAGGUUUGCCACUACUGAAAGCUUAUGGGAAUACAUAUUUAGAUUUUUACUUCCGUACAACGGAGAUGGAUGGACUGUUGUUCUAUAAUGGUGGAAAGAAGCAAGACUUUAUAGCAAUUGAGCUAGUCAAUGGCCAUAUACACUGUGUAUUCAAUCUUGGGGAUAACGUGGUGACCAUGAAAGAUAAAUUGAAGAAUUUCUUGAACGAUAACAGAUGGCACACAGUGUCCGUUAGAAGACCGACUCCGAAAAUGCACACGCUGCAAGUAGACGAUGAUAUAGAAAUGCAUACUACAAGUUCAAAUCUAAUGUUAGAGCUAGACAGCGUCCUGUAUGUAGGCGGGGUUCCUAAGGACAUGUACUCCUCGCUACCAGUGGGGGUUCUAUCUCGACAAGGGUUCGAAGGUUGCAUGUCCAGCCUGGAUCUACCUGGGGAAUCUCCGUCGUUGAUGGAAGAUGCCGUUGUUCCUAGUUCGUCGCUGGUAUCUGGAUGUGAAGGACCGACAAAGUGUACACACAACGCAUGCGCAAACAAGGGUGUCUGCGUGCAGCAGUGGAAGACUUACGUCUGUGACUGUGACCUUACUUCGUUCACUGGACCAACUUGUUACGAUGAGUCGAUAGCCUACGAGUUCGGUCCCGGGCGAGGCAUCCUAACGUAUACCUUCCCACCGAGCGCGGUGGCAGACACCGAAACCGACCGCGUAGCUCUCGGCUUCGUUACGAGUAAAGCCGAUGCUGUACUGCUGAGGAUAGACUCUUCCAACACUCAGGAUUAUAUGCAGAUGGAAAUCAUCCGCGGCAACCUCUUCAUGGUGUACAACGUCGGCGGCGGCGACCAUCCGCUAGGAGAUGAGACAGCGAGAGUCGAUGAUGGAGCCUACCACGUCGCCAGGUUUACGAGGAACGGAAGUAGGGCAGCGUUGCAGAUAGAUAAUUAUGCUGUUAACAUCAGACAUCCGCAAGGCGGCCAACAAUCAACAAUCUUUAACAGCAUGUCGGCCAUCACCGUCGGCGGCGGCGCGGGCGGCGCGCGCACGUUCAGCGGCGUUGUAGCCGGACUCGCCGUUGACGGCGUGCGCGUGCUGGACCUCGCCGCCGCCGGAGAUGCUUCCGUGUCUGUGAGAGGAGAUGCUAGGAGAGCUACAUCACCGCUUGAUAAAGGGUGGAUUAAUGGAAUGCAACAGACACCACCAUCAGGCUAUGGCGGUCCGGGUGUGCUAGAUGAGCUGGUCUACUCCGGCGCUGGGUCUGGAUGUAGAGAUGAUGAUGAAGAUGCCUGUGUGCUGCCUGAUGCUGGGAGCGGAGACGACCUGAUCACGCCGGUUUACGUACCUUCUACGAGAAGACCACCGUCCAGAGUGUAUAAGGGUGACACGAGUGGAAAGCUUAUGAAGCCGUGCGACGACGAGGACUGUAUCGAAGGCUCAGGGUCAAAUGGAGAGGAGAUAACGGAACCAGAACACCCCAUGACCACCAACGGCGCCUCAAGUACCCAUGGUAUGACAUCACCCACUGCCGCCAUUUCCACCGAACACGCCAAGACUCUAGAAGGUUCCACGGACGGUUCCACCGACGCCGCCCACGGCUCGACACGCUCCAGCCAAGGAACCACGCCUCCUGACCAUGGCAAUAUGCACGCCGGUACCGUCGAGGCUACAACGCCGGAGAAGACGACGCCUACCGAUGAUCACACCGCCCCCCACUUCACUCCAUCCCUGCCCAACCACCACACGCCCGACGACAUCUCUCACACGACUCAAGAAGAACCGCUCCCCGAAUACCCAGACCCCAACGAGAACGACAUCGACUCCCGAACACCCACGAACGGAGCCGAAGAGAGGAACGAAUAUAACGGGUAUGAGCAUGAGGCGACGACGAAGUGGUAUCUGCCGAAGACAACGGAUUCGGGGAGGAUUGUGACGCCUGAGUCGGAGUUCUUUGCUACUAUUGUUGGCAUAGUAGCAUCAGUACUGAUAGCAAUCAUCCUAAUAGUGAUAAUAGUACUGAAAUACAUCGUGUAUCCACUGGAUCCGUCGUACAAGGUCACAGAGGACAAGAACUACCAGCAAGGAGCUAGCGCAGCGUUGCUAGGCAACCAGGUAAAGUGAAUUAAAGUAAUAGUAGUAAAGAACAUCGAGUAUCCACUGGAUCCAUCGUACAAGGUCACAGAGGACAAGAACUACCAGCAAGGAGCCAGCGCCGCGUUGCUAGGCAACCAGGUAUAGUGAGUUAAACUAAUAGUAUUAAAGAACAUCGUGUAUCCACUGGAUCCAUCGUACAAGGUCACAGAGGACAAGAACUACCAGCAAGGAGCCAGCGCCGUGUUGUUAGGC